AGCAGAUGACCCUGAUAGUUCUUCACAAGCUCUGACUCAACUAGAAAUGUUCGAGAAGAGAGCCUGUAUGAUGUCAAUGUACUUCUUUGGGAUGUCUUUCAAUGAUAGACACCGCCACAGAACCUCACGAUCUUCGUAGUUGAACUCCGUAUUAAGGUCAAGAAAUAUAACUAUAAUCGGACAUCGAAAAGUAUGUCUGUUUCAGAACCUGGUGAAGGGUGAAUACUCGGUCUAUACAUAAUCGUUUACGUCUGAAACCAGCCUGGUUUUCUCGGGUUUGCUCCUCACGAGCUCUAAUUAGACGUCGAAGUAUUAACGAGGCUAAUAUUUUAGACAUCUUAUUUAAACAGAUUCCUCUGUGAUUGUCACAAAACGAUUUUUGUCCCUUCUUAUAAACUGAGAUGAUCAGCGAUCGAGACCAGUCAGAUGAGAUUUCAUGCAGUUCUCAGGUUCUAGCUAAGAUUUCAGUUAACUUAACCGGUAAAGCUGGACUAACAUCCCUAAAGAUCUGAGGACUUAAUCUAUCAGGCUCUGAUGCUCUCUUGGGUCGGAUCAUCUACAGCCUUUACAAUUUCACCAAGAGUUGAAAAACUUAUAAUAAUUUUCCAUUGAUAUUGCUUUGUAAUAGUGUGUAACCGACGUGUGACUGUAGGCCGCUAAGGCAUUCUGCUGAUUGUUCUGACCUCCUGAAUUGAAAGUGAAUAGCAGUAUAAUUAUUUUCCAGGAUAGUCUCACUAACAGUCAGAUUUUUGAUGCCCGUUUGCAUGAUAAACCUUAACAGUUAACUAUUUUAACCUAUCACCGCUGCCUACCAUCUCUACUGCCUUCGCUACUGACCGCUCCCCACGAUCAUUGAGUAGGUUUUUUGUCACCCUAAGUCUAAGCUGCCUCUGUUUCUCAUCGUGUUCGAAGCCGGACGAGGUGAUUUACCGAGCGUAUAUCGGUUUAGUAGAUCCCACCAAAAUCCACUGAUUUUUCCUAACCUUUAGGUUUAAGUUACGAGUCAGUCAGUCAGUAACAACGUAGAACUUCGUACGUACGUACGUACAUCAGUUCGAGUUGCCACACCACAUUAGCACAGAGAAAGUUGCGAGACUAGUAGAGAUUGUUAUAGAUGCAAAAGAAGUGAAGUUAGAUAAAUCAAUGCCGCAUUUUGAGAAACUUGACGUAAGUUUCAAACAUAAAGCGAUGCAGCACGUCGUUUAGAGCGCUUUUUUAAGAGACUGAAAGUAACAUUUUUGUACUCGCAUAGUUAGCAUUAGUGGCGCAUGAGGAUUGAGUCAUUAGACAGGAGGGUAGGUGGUGAGAAGCUUAUGAUGUGUUAGCUCUGUACUCCAAAAGAUCUUGCGUUCGGAGUCGAAGAGUUGUGUAAUAAGGUAAGCUUGGUCUUUUUAGGACCGACCUUUCCCAAGCCAUUCAUUUCGUUGUGAGAAGGCAGCAUCACUCUAAGUGCUGGUUGUCUAAAGGAAACAACUUACUAUCGUCACACCUCAGCACAGUCGGCAGCACGACCUCUUCGAACCAUAGGUUUGCCGCUUUUAGACUUACUGUUCCCCAACCAACCUACUUGAUGCGGUAGGACCUUAAGAAGUAACUGUUCCACACAAUAUAGCUCGAUUGGGUCACUACGAUAGGCAAGCCUCACUACAACGUCAAUAUAGUGGCUACAGUGGGUUGUUCAUUGAAGAACAAUACAUAUAUAGAUUUCAUUCAGUUUAUAGGUUUAUUUUAAGGUUUAUGAACAAUAACAGUUGUUUAUGGCUGAUUUGAAGUCCCAACUUAAACUGGUCCUAUGUCGUAUAUGUGUUGACGAUGUACAAUCUCAAACCACAACCUAUAAGAAGUAAAUCAAUAUCAACUAGAUCGGAAUUGUGUUACAGCAAAUUAUUUAGUGUGAACAUCAUACAUGGAAUUUCAAUACCUUUACAAUGGUUUGUGUCAAUGACAAAUACUUUAAAUAUUCUAUUCAUUUUUUCUUGGCAUGCAACUAGUUCAAAAUCAAAAACUUCAUCUGUAGAACUUGUAUUUUUACUUAGUGGGGAGGAGAAAGAAGAGGAUUAAAGUCAUUUUGUUCACGGUAUUGAAGUUGGAGUCCCGAAUUAUUAGCACAGUACACAAACGCAUCAACGUGCUUGCUUAUUUAAAAUUUUUACAAGUGUUCUGAACUCCAUGGAGAGUCAAGAGCGACCAACUUAACCAAAUUAAAAACCUCUAGAUCGAAUGAUAACUUAUUAUUUCAACUCUUCGAAAAAGUUGACUAGAUGUUUGUAAAAUGGAUGACGCUGUCGUAACACUGUAAAAUAGCCCGGUCCAUCCAAUUUAUUAAAUUAUUACUGUCGUAUGGUAGUUGCUUUUGCUACCGGUGAGUAAUGAAUCCUUUUAAAAAUUGCGAACUUUUGUGUAAAUUUUUGUUUAAGAUUGGUCAUGUCAGUUGAGUUACCUGAAGCUAAAGCUGAUACUCUCCAAGAAGUCUUCUCAGACAAGUUUCAGUAUAUCAAUCUAGAUCAUUAUAAUAUUUAUCAUUUCGAGGAAAUUUUGAUUGAUGGUCGACGAUAUCAAUUCCGAUUAUCUUCAAAAGGUGAUUUAAUGACAGUGGUCACUCAUAUAGCUGGAAGAGCUGUUCUUUUGGUAUCUGUAUGGACAAAUAUGGAUUAUGAGAAACGUUUACGUGAAAUCCAUCAGCACAUUUUAGAAAUGGAACGUACUGGGACUAUUCCUAUCGAUUUUCGAGACCCAGGAAAAUUGAAAGGUCUUCGUGAGAAAAUAUUCAGAUAG